CAUACAUACACAUGCAUAUACAUUUACAUGUGUAUAUAUCUAUAUCCAUAUACAUAUGGACCCUCUCCCUCCGAGAAGUCACUGUCCCAAAGGUCACCCUCUUGUCGUCAAGAAGUGGAUGUACUGGCUACUUGCCCAUCUGUCUGCACCUUACUUCUCAUUACCUCUACAAUUGUCACCGCCACUAUCACUCCUCCCUGGCCUUGCUGUGUCUCUCAAGCGGGAAUGCCAGUCUACUGUCUUCACGAUUGCCACUACUUCUACCGCACAGCCCUGCGAGGCUUGAACAUUAACACCUCCGUAUCUCCUCUUUACGCCUGAAACUGUCGAAAAAAAGGCCUGUCGUAACGGGAUUGGCCGGCUAACACAACAUGCCUACCCAAGUCCGCAUUUUCACCGUCCCCAAAGCCCUCGGAGAGACCCUCUCCGUAGCCGACAGCCGCUCUCCACCAACACCAAAGCGGCAGACCCCGCGGUCUUUACCCGCCAACGGAGAAAUACCCAACGGCGAUAGAUCCUACCCGGGUAUUACCUUUGCCCACCAGGACAAGCUCGCCAAGCUGCCCAUCCCGGAUCUCGCCGCCACUUGUGCCAAGUACCUGCGGGCGUUGAAGCCGCUCCAGUCGCCCAGGGAACAUUCCGACACCAGGCAUGCGGUCCAAGAGCUCCUGAAGAACGAGGGGCCUGAGCUGCAGGAGAAGCUGAAGAAAUAUGCAGAAGGGCAGACCAGUUAUAUCGAGCAAUUUUGGUACGACUCAUAUCUGAAUUACGACAACCCCGUCGUGCUCAACCUGAACCCCUUCUUCCUGCUGGAAGAUGAUCCGACUCCCGCACGGAACAACCAGGUCACCAGGGCUGCGUCCCUGGUGGUGUCCGCCCUGGAAUUCGUCCGGGCCGUUCGCAAGGAGGAACUGCCACCGGACACAAUCAAGGGUACCCCGCUUGAUAUGUACCAGUACUCAAGACUCUUCGGCACAGCAAGAGUACCAACGCAGGCCGGCUGCCAGAUCGAGCAGGACCCGGAGUCAAAACAUAUUGUCGUCAUGUGCCAUGGGCAGUUUUACUGGUUCGACGUUUUGGACGACAACUCAGACCUGAUCAUGACCGAAAAGGAUGUGUCCAUCAACCUUCAGACCAUUAUCGACGAUGCCGCGCAGACCCCUAUCCAGGACGCUGCGAAGGGCGCCCUCGGCGUGCUCAGCACAGAAAACCGUAAGGUCUGGUCCGGCCUGCGGGAUGUGCUCACCCGAGAAGAAGGCUCCAACAAUGCCGACUGCCUGGGGAUUGUCGACUCAGCCCUCUUUAUUGUCUGUCUCGACUACACAGAACCAAUGACUGUCUCGGCCCUCUGCCAGAACAUGCUGUGCGGGACAUCCGAGAUUGAGAAGGGCGUGCAGAUCGGCACCUGCACGAACCGCUGGUAUGACAAGCUCCAGAUCAUCGUGUGCAAGAACGGCUCAGCGGGCAUCAACUUUGAGCACACGGGUGUGGACGGGCACACGGUCCUGCGCUUUGCCUCAGACGUCUAUACCGACACCAUCCUGCGAUUCGCGCGCACCAUCAAUGGCCAGGCCCCUACGCUCUGGGCAUCGACGUCGCCGGACCCUUCGAAGCGCCACCCAGACUCGUUUGGCGACGUCAACACGACGCCGCACAAGCUCGAGUGGGACAUGCUGCCGGAGCUCAAGAUCGCCGUGCGCUUCGCCGAGACCCGCCUGGCCGACCUCAUCGAGCAGAACGAGUUCGAGUGUCUCGAUUUUCAAUCCUACGGAAAGAACUUCAUCACCUCCAUGGGCUUCUCGCCCGACGCCUUUGUCCAGAUGGCCUUCCAGGCGGCCUACUACGGCCUGUACGGGCGGGUCGAGUGCACAUACGAGCCAGCCAUGACCAAGAUGUACCUCCACGGGCGUACCGAGGCCGUCCGUAGCGUGAGCGAGGAGAGCGUCCACUUUGUGCAGACGUUCUGGGGCGACAACCCCGCCGAGCAGAAGGUCGAGGCGCUGAAGCGCGCCUGCGCCACCCAUGUGAACGUCACCAAGGAGUGUGCCAAGGGCCAAGGGUGUGACCGCCACCUGUACGCAUUGUUCUGUCUCUGGCAGCGGCAGAUGGACGACAGCGCUGGUGACAGCGGCGGCGGCACUACGACGGGGAGCGGCUCCACGGACGGGAGGAGCAUUAGCAGCAGCGGCUACGCGAGCCCUGCGGAUGAUUCGGCCCUGCGGAGUCCUGGGCGGGACUCAGUGGUGAGCGGCGACGAGGGCGGCAGCAACGGCAGUGAGGCGGGUCAGCACGGCAUGUUGACGAGGGCGCGCGGCGACAGCGUCAACAGCCGCACGGCGGCGACACUGCCCCUGGUCUUCGCCGAUAGCGGGUGGGACCGGCUCAAUAACACCAUUAUCUCGACAUCCAACUGUGGCAACCCAUCGCUGCGCCAGUUCGGGUUCGGCCCCGUCAGCGGCGACGGCUUUGGCAUCGGCUACAUCAUCAAGGAUGACGGCAUCGCCAUCUGCGCCUCGUCCAAGCACCGCCAGACUAAGCGCUUCGUCGACACCCUCGAGUCGUACCUCCUCGAGAUUAGGCGAAUCCUGCGCAUCACGUCCCGCCACCCGAGCGGCGGCGCCAAGACGUCCCGGGCGCGCGAGAUCGACCGCAAGCCUAGCGCCACCAACCGCCUCAAGGCGAGGGGCAGGCUCAUCACGGGACUGCCCUCGCUAGCGCCGACGAGUUCUGGUUCAGGUUCUGGUGGGGAUGAGAAGGCGAGGCGGGACAGGCUGGGUAGUCUGGCCGCUGGGGCCCAAAGCCCCACGGAGGAGAGCGUCAUGCUGAGCGAGGAUGAUGAGCUGGGAGGAUAUGGUUUCUUCGACGCGGGUAUGCUUCUUCAAGCUCUCAAGGCGCGGGCCGAGGUCGACGACGGCGAGACAAAGGCAUCAGAAAGAGCUGCCGUGCAGGCGAGGCGGAGGGAUGUGGGCAAGAAGCUGCGGCUGAUCGAUUACUGAGCAGAGUUGGAAAGGCCUCGCCUCGAAGAGGACGGUUUUGGCUGGCUACAUCUUGCCUGUUUGUUUAUGUAUUUAUUUAUUGGUAAUACCUUGACGCGAUGUUAGCAUAGGCGCAAUCUGUGGGAUUGGAUCACAACAUCGAGAUGACUUGUUUCCUGGGAAGGUGGUUAGUAUUUGAUUAUGAUCUUGUCUGGCGUUGGAGGAUUUUACACAUAGUCUUCUGCUACAAAUCACAUGCUCUUCAUGAG